AUGGCGAUGUUCACUGGGUCGUGGACCGGCGGUUGGGGAAGGCGGAACACAGUCCCCCCACAGUUGCAAUGCGGGGAAAAGUUCGCGCGAAGAAAUCCAACACCAUCAUGCCGGGGCCCAAGAACCCCCAAUGCUGGCCCCUCCACCCCUACGAAGCGCCAGUCUAACUUUGUAGGCGACGGAGUUUUGCCACAAUGCGGUCGAUGCAAUCGAACGAGUCGGGAAUGUACACGAGGGAAACGAGAGACCAAAUUUCGACAAGCAAAGGGUCGCACUUCGCGUACGAAGUUUCCACAGAACCAGGUUUGGCUUCGGCCACCCCCACGAGUUGAUUUUGUACUUGAAUCAGGAAGUGGUGAGCCGGACGAUCUGCUAGAGAGAGACACACAUCAUUCACUAGGAAGGAAUUUGCGGAGCCAUACCCAGUCCAUUCCAAGUCCGGAAAGGCCGUCGUCAAGGUCCUCCUACACUGCCCUAUUACCGGACUACGAGCAUUCGAACCGAAACAUACAUGGGAGUUCCCGAUCAUCACUUAUUCUCGAAGCGGAUUCCCCUGAGAAACAACAUGAGCGACGAUGGCCUCUGAGAGAUCCCCAAGAGGCGCGACUGUUGCAACAUUUCGUGAACAACGUCGCGUCAUUUUUUGAUUGUACAGAUCGCCAACAGCAUUUUGCUAUUCAUAUCCCCCACCGGGCGCGCCGUUGCGAAACCCUCUUCAACGCGAUAAUGGCCAUGUCGGCCCGCCAUUUGAACCGGACUACACACUUUGAUCCUUUCGUAUCAGAUCAUUACUACCAGGCAUGCUUGGAAAAGCUGAUCCCGGCACUGGACAAUCACGGGGUAACUAUGGAUGACGACUUGCUUACAGCUACUGUCAUCCUGCGCCUGCUUGAAGAAUUUGACGUCCCACUCGCCGGGUCAGAUAUUCGGGGUCACUCCUUUGGCACAAAGGCUUUCAUUCGGGGCCCCACGCUGAUGACUUCGACGCCCAGCCUCCGACAAGCUGUCUAUUGGAGUGGCCUGCGGCAGGAAAUCUAUAAUGCACUCAGUCUGCAACAAGCCCCCGACAUUGACCUCAGUUCUCUGAACCUAAACUCCCAGUUUAGUCCGCUUGGACCGGACGCUGGUGAUUGUGCAUGGGCAAAUCAGGCCAUUGCGCAUUGUGCGGACGUCUUGAUCUUCUGUUUCGGAGAGGGACACCGUUCCACAGCUGUGCAUGCAGAGCUUAAAGCGCAGAAUGAGCAAUGGACCGAGACACGUCCAGAUUCCUUCGACCCAUUUUUCGUGGGCGAGGAGGUGGAGAUUGGAACUGCAUUCCCUGACAUUCGUUUUGGAUGUCCCUGGCAUGCAAUUGGGAACCAGUAUACCGAUCUUGCAAGGAUUUUGUUAGCCGUUCAUGACCCUACUCUACCGACCGUUGGUCCUCUGCGUAGACGGUUGAUCCAAGAUGCUGAUGACCUUAUCCGCAAGGGGGUGUGGACUGUAUGUGGCGCUGCGCUAUCCAACGCACAUGUACCUCCAGCCAUGGUCGUUGGGUGCAUGGCUAUCCAUCUUUGUGAGAAUCGUAGACUAUUGCUCGGGUGGAAAUUGAAGCUGAUGAGUCUUACAGGCGGUGAUCGAUUUACGGACCCACAACAGCAAGACCUGCUGAUUCAGGUUCUUGUUCGAACGGAUACCCUUCAUGGUUGGCCAACUCAUGCACUUCAGCGACAACUUCGGGAGACGUGGGGCAUUCCUUGA